UUUUUUUUUUCAUAUAUAACGACAAAAUAGGAAUGCCUUUGACUAAUCAAGAAAAGUCAAUGGCUGUUCCUAACCAUGAUACUGGUUUUUCAUCACCAUAUAGUGUAUACACUCUUGAAAAUAUUCCUCCACCCAUUCUGAAACUGCUUCUCUCUUUGGGACCUUUACUCAACUUAAUUCGACAAGCAAUAGACAUUAUUCAAUGGCAAAGUAGUUCACCACGACAAUCAAUAUUGGCACUUCUUAUUUGGAAUAGUAUCUGUCUUUGGACAUGGACUUUUCUUGGACUCGGCAUACCGACCUUGGUAAUUGUCAAGUUAGCAGGAGAUUGGCUUCGUGUACGCACCUUACGAACAAGACGGGACCGUUUGGAACGUGCUAGACUUGAUCAACUCGAAAAACAAAUGUUGAAACAUCAAGACAAUGAUCAUGAUGACGAUGAACGACUUUUAUCUCAACGAUUACAGCAACAACGGGAAGCUGAAGAAGAAGAACUCAUCUCUCGAAAAAUCCAACCACAAGGUCAAGUGUCGCUGGACGAUACCUUACAGAAUAUCAUGGUCAUCAACCUUUUUGUCGAUCGUCUUCUUGGGGAUGUCAAUCAUUUUAUAUACAAUUAUUUGGAUGGUUCUCGCCCCGAAAUACUUGUAGCUGUUCUAGGUGCUUUGAUCUACUUGAUUCCAGCCUGGUUCCUUUUGGUCUUUUUCUUGGAUUCUCAUGGUAUCUUUGCUUUGGUGGGCUCCCUUGCUUUAUUAAGGUACUCUCCAUGGUUCAAUGUCAUCCUUUCGGCUGUGGCUCGGCAUACUGUUUUACGUUAUGUUGUCUCGGUUUUCUGGGCAUACGCUGUGGCCUUCAUCACUUCUUGGAGGGCGUUUGAUUUUCUGGGCAUGCUAACACCGACCAAGCCGUCUCUUUCUCCUCGUACCAAUCCAUUCAAACAAUGGUUUUCUUAUGUACGGAAACGCGUUGGCAAGGAAAAAUCAUCCAUGUUGACUACUCUUCAAGAACAACGUGACAAGGAUGAUCAACAAAACAAGAAAAUCACGAAGAAUGAAAUGGUAUUCCAAUUUGAAGUCUAUGAAAACCAGCGUUGGUGGUUAGGUGCCAACUGGACGACUAACAUGCUCAGUAAUGAACGUGGACCUUGGACGGAUUCCCAAUUGGUUUCAAUUACAUCUAAAGAAGAAUUCAAGUUACCCGAAACAACUGAAAGUACGAUCGUAGUGGAUCAUGAUCAGGAUAUUAAACAAGUGAUACAAAAGACAUGGUAUUGGGCGGAUGCAGAUUGGUGGGUCGACAUGACUGGUGAAUUGGAUGGACGUGUGGAUCACAACGGUUGGGAAUAUGGAAACAAUGCUUGGCACCAUUUGACCGGUAUGCCAACCAUGCAAACUUUUACAAGACGAAGACGAUGGUGUCGUCGAGCUCGAUUGGUUGAAAGUAAACAUCAAAUAAACGAUAUUAGUACAACAGCAGCAGCAUCGUCUCAACCAAAAUUGACCGGAGGGGAUUUACGAAAACGUAGUUAGUGUUAGAUUUUUUUUUAUGGUAUCAUGUUUAGCGAAUCUAUCAAUAAAAGCGUAGUCUUUUUUUUUUUUUUUUUAAAAA